UUUUCCAGGGAAUGGGCUAUGCCAGUCACUUGAUCAUCUUAUUCAUUGCCACCUCCUAUAUUAUCAUCCUCGCAUGGGCGUUUUUCUACCUGUUCUCUUCCUUCAGUGCGGAGCUACCGUGGGCCACAUGUGGAAACUACUGGAACACAGAUUCAUGCUUCGACAACACGACCAUAGGCAUGACAACCAGAAUGAACGUUACUCUUCCUGUUGUGGAGUUCUGGCAGCGGCGGGUUUUGAAAAUCUCUGGAGGUAUCGAGGAGGUGGGAAGUUUGAGGUGGGAACUAGCCUUGUGUCUCAUCCUGAGCUGGGUCAUCUGCUACUUUUGUGUCUGGAAGGGCAUCAAGUCAGCAGGAAAGGCGGCCUACUUCACAGCCACCUUUCCCUACGUUAUGCUGUUCAUUCUGCUCAUACGUGGCAUUACCUUACCGGGAGCAAGGGAUGGGAUUAUUUACUACCUCUACCCUGACGUCUCUCGUCUCGCAGAUCCCCAGGUGUGGAUGGACGCAGGCACUCAGAUAUUUUUCUCUUAUGCUAUCGGCCUUGGAUUUCUAACCUCUCUUGGGAGUUAUAAUUCAUACAACAAUGACUGUUACAAGGACUGUUUCUACCUAUGUUUGCUGAACAGUGCCACCAGCGUUGUUGCAGGCUUUGCCGUUUUCUCUGUUUUGGGUUUUAUGAUGUAUGAACAAGGAGUGGAUAUUUCUGAAGUAGCCCAAUCAGGUCCUGGGUUAGCAUUCAUAGCCUUCCCACGAGCUGUAGCCAUGAUGCCGAUGCCUCAGGUGUGGUCGGUGUGUUUCUUUGUCAUGAUCAUUCUUCUUGGAUUGGACAGUCAGUUUGUUGGUCUUGAGUGCCUGAUGACAUCGAUGGCUGAUCUGUUCCCUACAUACCUGCGGCAGGGUUGCAGACGUGAGCUGGUUCUGCUUGCAAUCUGCAGCAGCUGCUGCCUCCUGGGAUUCAGCUUGGUCACUGAGGGAGGUAUGUACCUGCUCCAGCUGGUGGACCAUUACAUCUGCACUGGCACCACCCUGCUCUUCCUCUCCCUCAGCCAGGCUGUUAGCAUUGCCUGGGUGUACGGUGCUGACCGCUUUUAUGAGAACAUAACUCACAUGAUUGGCUAUCGUCCAUUUCCGUUUAUGAAGUACUGUUGGAGCUACAUCACUCCCUUCAUCUGUAUGGGCACGCUCAUCUUUUCUAUUGUCAAAUAUUCCCCACUGAAGUUCAGUAACACCUAUGUCUAUCCUCUCUGGGCAAAUGUCUUGGGCUGGUUCAUCGCAAGUGUGUCCAUAUCACUCAUCCCACUUUUUGUGAUACAUCAAAUAAUAAAGGGGAAAGGCACUCUGCGACAGGAAUCUUUCAGGAGUUCAAGUCCAAAGAAAAACUUUUGGCACUAGUAAACUAAUAAAGAC